AUGAAACUCGCCCUGCUAUCGCUAUUGGCGCUGACAAGCGCCGCCGCGGUGACCGGACGACCUGCCAAUCUCACGGUACAGCUUCCUCAGGGUUCCUACACGGGCCUCAUCGACCCCAAGUAUCCCAAUACACGCCAGUACCGCGCCGUCCCGUUUGCGGAACCGCCAGUGCUGGGGCGUCGCUGGAUGCCACCGAAGAGGCUCUCGCCGUCUCCGGAGAAACAUCAUUACGCCACGCGGUACCCACCCUCGUGCGGGCAUUUCGUGACUUCGGUCAUUUCGCUCUUUGACCUACCUCUAUCCAAAGGCAAUCUGAUCUACAACGGCAACCAGAACGAUUCAUCAGGUCUGGUGGGGGAGGCCACCUCAGAAGACUGCCUGUACCUGGCAAUCUGGACGCCGACGAGAUUGCCGACACCUCCUAGCAAGGGAUUGCCGGUGCUCUUCUUCAUUACUGGAGGUGGCUUCAUUCUCGGUGGCGUCGAUAUUCCCUGGCAGAUCCCGGACUCGUGGGUUGAGCGGACGCAGUCGCAUAUCGUUGUCACCAUCAACCACCGCAUGGACAUCCUCGGCUUCCCACGGGCGCGCGGCCUCGCAGACAGCGAGCAGAAUCUGGCCAUGCUGGAUCAGCGUGCUGCUCUAGAGUGGGUUCGUGAUCACAUCGCAGCCUUUGGCGGUGACCCGGACCGGAUCACACUUUGGGGCCAGUCGGCGGGAUCCAUCGCCGCUGACAUCCAUUCCUACGCUUGGCCCGACGACCCGAUCGUGCAAGGCUUCUGGUUCCAGUCCGGAUUGAUCUUCAAUGGUGUAGAUCGCCAAGACCCGACGCAUUCCAACUUCACCUUCGUGGCCAGCCGAUUCGGAUGCGACUUCCCGGGCCUGGACGACGGCGGUGCGGCCGAGCUCGACUGCAUGCGUCAAGUGCCGUUCGCGCAGAUCAUCAACUUCGUCGGCCAGUACGCGGACGCGGGCACGUCCCCGCCGAUGAGGUUCAACAUGGUCAUUGACGAAAAGGUCAUAUUCGCCGACUACGAGGCUCGCGCGGCGGCAGGCAAGUUCGCGCGGCGGCCGGCGAUUCUCUCCAUGACGGCGAACGAGAUGUCCUCCCUCGUCCCCUGGCCGGCGGCCAAUCUGACCGAAGGGCCCUGGCAGCCGGCCGUCACCAAAGGCACCGUCGAGGGUUUGGUCUGCCCGAGCUUGAACAUGACCACCUACCGCAGCGACGCCGGCCUACCAACCUACCGCAUCCAAUACGCCGGCACAUUCCCCAACCUGAACCGCUACAAAUGGCUCGGCGCGUACCAUGCUAGCGACAUCCCCAUCGCCUUCGGCACGUACCACUGCCUCGACGGCGUGGCCCCCUCCACGGACCUCGAAGCCGCAGUCAGCAAGGUCUUACAGGACCACAUCCUCGCCUUCGCCGAGGAUCCCUGGCACGGUCCGCAGAAAAUGGAAUGGAUGCCCAUGAACGGCAGCUCGCCGCGGGGAGGUGACCUCCUCCGUAUCGGCGCCGGAGGUAUAGUGGCACAGCACAUCGAUGGUGACGAGGUCGAUGGAGUCUGUCUGGGGAUCGGAGAGUACGAUCCAUUUCCAUGAGGGAGGAUCAACCACAUGAUUAACCAAUCAGAUGCGAAGAGUAAGAGGUUAGUCAUUCAUUGUCAAGAAUUACUUUGGCUGUAACAGAGUACAGCUAGAUCUGGUGGCCGCCAGAGGACUACACAGUACAGCAGUACAGCUGGUUGCUGCUCUGGCUGGUCAAUGUGCUAUUCGGGAAACUACCUCGCCCUGCUCGAUACACAACAACUGCGCUACGGCCUCAAAACGCCAUACAAGGGCUUAGAACGCCCUCCUUCGUACUGAAUUCUUUAACCGUGUUUCAAACGCAUAGUCGUGACACAAAGACAAUAACUUCAAGUCCUUCCGAAAGGUAUUUUGGAUAUCCAACGAAGUAAUCCCUCCCCAAAGUUGAAGCACGCCGCGCCUGUCUCCAAUCAUAGCCUAUUUGGGAAGUUCUUGAGUCGGUAUCAGAGAUGAAAACAAUUCCCCCACUGAUAAGCCUUCCAUCGAAGAUUGGGCUUGGGGUUUGGACAGCACCUUGAAUUGUGCCCUAUCAAGCAACCGUCGGGAUAGCGUUGCCGGAUCCCUAUACACCAGCUCCGUCACCAAGUGUCUUACGCUCCUCAUUGCCCACGGGCGUACUAGGAGUAUGUCUGUCUGAGUGAAUAUUGCACCCACUGACACCCG